UUCCGAAGCACUUACUUUCAAAAAUCUCCAGCUUAAAAACCGGCAUUAUCAUGUGCUUCUUACCUGUCCCUUCCCUGUUCUCCUCUAUAUAUUAAUGUCUCACUCAAAUGCCUUGCUUCUCUCUCUUUGUCUCUAUAUUUUUUCAUUCCUUCUAUCUGAAUAUUCUUUUCCUUUUUCCUCUUUGUUUCACAUCUGAAAAUGGGGAAUUGCUUCACAAGUAACAAAAUUCUAGCAGAAAACGACGACCUACAAGGCUGCAGCUGCAACCAACCUAAUCAACUCAUCAAGGAUAUGGGAGAUGUUACAGUUUCCAAAUCGGAAGGGGCUGCUGAUGGAGUUAAGACCAACAACAACAACAUGGAGAAGAAAACGAAUAAGAAGAAGAAGAAGGUGGUGAGAUUCAACUUAAAUGAAGAAAACAGUGGUGAUGAUAGAUCAGGGAAACAAGGUGAAUCCAAAAAUGGGGUGGUGAGAAUAAGACUUGUGGUGACACAGGAAGAGUUGAAGCAAAUUCUGAGUUCCAAGAAAGAUUUGAGGCAGUCUUCAAUGGAGCAAUUGAUAAAAGCUGUGAAACUGAGAGGUGUUAGGGUUUCUGAAGAUGGAAGAACAAGUGAUGGAGCUUGGAGACCGGCAUUGGAGAGUAUUCCAGAGGAACACUAACAAAAAAAAAAACACUGUUUCUUUCUUAACUUGCUAUAGUUUUUUGUCCUGAUUGUUAACUGAUCUCUCUUAUUGUAAAGAAACAAACCCUUUGAUUGUAUAUCUUGUGUGACUGCAGUUUCAAUGUCUUUUGGUUCUUGGUUUUUUAGUCAUUGAUGAAGUCGGACAAGAUCUUAUCCUGUAUCCAUACUUGUAUUAAUGAAAAUCUCUGUCGUGUUUGCAAAACA